GUUGCUAUGGGGGAUGCAGGAUGAGGCUGUUGCGUUGUGGCAACAGCUCAUAGUUACGGCGCCAUUCAGUAGUGAACGGACGUGCAAAAUAAUCUCUGCGAUAAAACUAAAAAUUGACAAUGAAACGACGACUUUCAUUGGAGGACUCUUGUACAGAGCUGGAUGCAAUGGCAAAAAGAAGAAAAAUUAGACGAGGAAAGAAGGGCGGGAGGAAACAUCGUCCUCAUCAGCCCAUCACCUCGUCUCACGUCAGUCCUCAAAAUGAACAGUGUACGUCUACAAAAAACACAUUUCACUGCGACAGUGAGACUGCAGACAAAAUGGUUACUGAGGACUUUGCAAAUCUCCAGAAAGUAUGUGAUGCAGGGACUGUCAGUGAAGUUCCUGGGUCGGAACCAUCUGCUGCUAACACGCUUUUUAUAGACACUCUUUCAACCACUGACUUUCUUGGAGAAUUGAAUGACUUGAGCAGUAUUUAUACUCUAACAGAACUGUCUCCCAAGGAUCAGCCUUUCAGUGUAGUAAUGGAUGGCUCUUCCAUGUAUCUUGUUGGUCUUCAAAACCAGGUGUACCUAUCUAUGGUUCAACAGCCUUCUAAUUCAGACGGACAAAUGUUCUGCACUGUGGAACACAAUACUGACCAUCUUCGUCAUCACGGAGACAACACCAACUGUUCGUAUUAUGCGACCAUGGAUGUUGAUCGCAGAGAGGUUCAUCAACUGAAAUUCCCCUCUCACUUGCUGGAAUGGUCAGAGCGAGUGAAAUUUAGCCAUGAGCGCAAGUGGAAGCCGCUAGAAUACCUAGAGCCAAACUACAGCAAGUUCAGUUUCUAGUGAGGAGAUUCCUCGAGUGUUCAGAGACAAGUGUCAGACAAUUUUGGCUCAGCUGAGUCAUUAAUAUGACUAUUAUGAGUA